AUGCUCGACAUUGACAUCAUGAUGGCCGUGUCACAGGUAGAGCAGGAGGACUUGACUGUGUUCUCGAAGCUGUCCAUCAAGGGCAUUGUUCACUGCCUUUGGAGCAACCUCAUCGAGUCAGUUUGGAUGGCGAGUCUUCUCUUCCACAUGGUGGAGCUGUUUGCUUUCAUUUGGUGGGGCCUCUCUGGCGAGACGCACAUGCGCGAAGAUCACAGCUCUCUCACCGCUGUGUUAUGGAUCAUCAUGACCGGUGGCGGCCUGCGAGAGCUGAUCCAGCUGGGCAUUCUGGGCUACAAUUGGCACAAGAAGAGAUCUGCCCACCACGACUUCACGAUGCGAAGUAUGUGGGACUAUCGGUCCAAGUUGAUCACAACCUGGUGCAUGCCAACGCUGGUGCUGGCCAUGAUUCAGCUUGGCUUUACUUACGGUGCCAUCAGCCACCAGCAGCUGUUCGCACACUCGGAGGAGGACCACAUGCUGAUGGUGAGCUGCGUUCUGCUAAAGAGCUGGCUUUGCAUUUACAUGGUGAGACUCCACACCAGCGGCGUUCGCAUCCACGCCAUCUCCAGUUCUUUGCUUGGUGCGGCGACAAAGCAGAUGAUUGUCAUCACCCUGAUGAUCUUCGCGUCGUUCUCACUGGCAUUUCUCAUUGUGGCGAAAGGGAAGGAUCAUGGUUGGGUGCUUGCGUCGGCCUACCGAGGACUGCUUUUUCACGACGGCAACGGCCUCGAUAAUCUAGGCCUGAACGUUCACGAGGACAUGUUUGAGAAGAACGACAUACUCAUGAUGACUGUGAAUCUCAUCGGGUCUACCUUCUUCAACAUCAUUGUCCUGAAUCUGAUUAUUGCCGUCUACAGCAACGAGUAUGAUCGCGUCCAGCAUCAGACACCGCAGUAUUUCCUGCUUGCCCGGGCCAAGUACUGUGUCAUGUACUACCUUUCUUGCAGCCUCGUCGGCUGGCACGGUGCUGAUUUCCAGAGUGCCCUGAGACUGGCCUCGGGAGUUGGUGCAGCUCUGUCCUUGCCGCUUUUUCGCAGCUUGAAAUGA